CAAUCAUCAUCCUUUCUUCCAUCUGACGUGUGAAAUGCGUGGCUGAUCAGUUCUCUCGAUUCCUUUAUCCGCAGAUACGCGAAGAAGACAAUCGAUUCGAUUCGAUCUCUUCCUUCGUCUCUGAAGACUCUCUUCAAAUCCAAACGAAAAGCUACAAAAAACCCUCGUCUCUGGUCGUGGGGCAAUCCACAAGCACGACCGGAGAGAGCGCGAUGGAGGUUGUGUGAAAUCAGGUGCAUUUUGUUCAAUUAAAACUGCUGCAACAGUUGCAAUGGCUAAAAAAACACCUCAGAGGACGUUGUCUGUAUAUCUUUACAUCCCAAAUAUCAUUGGAUACAUUAGAAUUAUCAUGAAUUGUGUAGCAUUUGCUUGCUGCUUUUCUGACAAAAAGCUCUUCGCCAUUCUUUACUUUAUCAGCUUUGUUUGUGAUGGAUUAGAUGGCUGGUUUGCCCGCAAGUUCAAUCAAGUGUCGACUUUUGGAGCUGUUUUGGAUAUGGUAACGGACAGGGUCAGCACUGCUUGUCUAUUGGUAAUCCUCUCCCACUUCUACCGACCCAGCUUGGUUUUCUUAGCAUUACUUGCCUUGGAUAUUUCCAGCCACUGGUUGCAAAUGUACAGUACUUUCCUCUCAGGCAAGGCUAGUCACAAAGACGUGAAAGACAGCACUAACUGGCUCUUGAAGGCAUACUAUGGAAAUCGGUUAUUCAUGUGCUAUUGCUGUGUGGCAUCUGAGGUUCUUUACAUCAUCCUGUUCCUCCUUGCCAAGAACCAAUCUAACUGUGUGGUUAAUGUGUUUACGAACACUAUCAAAGAGACUCCACUUCUUUCUGUUCCAGUUGUUUUGAGUUUGUUUGGAUGGGCAAUCAAGCAAAUAGUCAACGUCAUACAGAUCAAAACGGCUGCAGAUGUCUGUGUGCUUUAUGAUAUAAACAGAAGGGAGAGACCCUGAUACUUCUUAUUACCCAAGAUGACGCCAGGUUUUUCUUUUUCACCCCCAUGUAUUCAUAUUCCUUGAUGUUUCAGAAAAGAAAAAUCUCAGCUUGUGUUCUAUGUUCUGAUUGAUAUUUCUUUUUUAAGCAUCCUUGAAAAACUUUUGACC